GAAUGAUGGUUGCACAUCUACUUGCAUUGGCUGAUGAUCAAAGGAACAUGUUGCGCGUUCAUAGGCGCUUUUUAAGGGAUAAUACUGAUCCAUUUUAUUUGCCAGAAGCGCGUUUCAUUGAGUUAUUUAGAUUGAAUAAGGAGUCUGCGCUGGAACUUCUUGGUGAAAUAAGUCCGUAUAUGAAGGAUGGUAUACGAAUAACUUUUGUACCAAAGGCUAUAAGGAUGGUAUCGGCAUUGCAUUAUUAUGCUACUGGAUCCUUUUUAAGAGAUAUCGGGCAAGAUUUUGUGUGUCCACUAAGUAAAACUACGAUUUGCAGAUCUAUUAAUGAAGUGACUCUUAUCAUUCAAAAUAAGAUAAUGAUGAAAUACAUUAAAUUUCCAACUAGUUUGGAAAUGAAAAAUAGAAUUCGACAAAGGUUUUUCAAUGCUACUGGUUUUCCGGGCGUGAUAGGUGCAAUAGAUUGCACACAUGUUAAAAUAAAAAAACCAUCUGCGGAGGAUGAGUAUUGCUAUAUUAAUCGCAAAGGCUUCUUUUCAAAAAAUGUGCAGCUGAUUUGUGACUACGAUUUAAAUAUUUUAGCUGGGUAUGCACGUUUCGGGGGAAGUACACACGAUGCAUUUAUUUGGGAAAAUUGUAAAGUUAGGCAAUUAAUGCAGCAACAAUAUGAGCAGAACAUAUACACGUGCUGGCUUAUUGGCGAUUCCGGAUACCCCCUUCAGCCUUGGUUAAUGACACCUUACCGAAAUCCUGAAACUAGGGGCGAAGAAAAUUUCAAUAAUCACCACAUACAAGCUCGUAACUGCAUUGAGCGAUUGAAUGGUGUAUUAAAAAAAGUAUUCGCGUGUUUGUCAAGUGAUCGCGGCAUUCUUUUCAACCCAGUUUAUUCGGGCGCUAUCAUCAACGCUUGUCUUACGCUGCAUAAUUUCAGAAAAUUGCACAAUAUGCCUAUGCCCGAAAUAAAUUAUACCCAAGAUACCAAUAUAGAUAUAGGUGAGCAUGAGACCAUGGAAUCUAAUGCUACAAUCUUGCAGGAUGCACGAAGGAUUCGCGAAAACCUUGUUAGAAACUAUUUUAAUUAAAUUUAUUUAUUUAGCAUAUACACGCGGGU